CCAGGCAUAUCAGUAGCCUCUGUCCAUCACUCAUGCUGGAAGCUAUUUGGGAAAAGAGAAGCGGGGCAAGGGAAAUCAUGCAUCAUCAUCAUCCUGGUUGGAAAAUACGGAAGACUUUAUGCUGUUUUCAUCAUGUGGAUUCACUAGAGAAAUGACCACCUUUGGUCAGCCAAGUAAAAUCAAAAACUUAUUGAUUUGCUGCCUGGGUCCUCCACGGGUGCUGAGGCUCUGGACUUGCAGGCGCCCAAGGACAAGGAGGAAUCUGCUAUUGGGCACUGCUUGCGUGAUCUACCUGGGAUUCCUCGUCAGUCAAGUGGGACACGUUUUACCCCAGCACAAAGGAGGACAUAAAAAUAUUGGUUCCAGAAGUCUCCAAGAUGCGGCCCAAACUCCUUUUCUGGGCAUCCCACUGGAUGGCACCCUGUCACCACCCAAGUUCCUUGGUAGCAAUGGGACCUUGCUGCCACCCAAUGUAGUUUAUAUCACCCUGCGGUCGAAGCGCAGCAAGCCUGCCAAUAUCAGAGGCACAGUGAAGCCAAAGCGCAGGAAGAAACAUGCAAUUCCUUUGUCCUAUGGGCAGCACUUCCCAAAAGGUGUUUUUUUGGGCUGGGCAGAGGCCUUUGCCCAGCAGCCAGGGUUGCGAGAAAGCACCAACCGGAUGGGAAAAGGCAUAAAGGAAUGGCAGUCAGAGAGAGGGGGCAUCAGAAUUGGAGGGAUUUCUGGACUGAUAAAGUCCCAGCCCCAACCUGAGGAAAGCAGUAUCAGGAUCUACAGUGAGAGCUCACCCUCCUGGCUCAGCAAAGAAGACAUCCUGAACAUGCGUAUGUUGGCGGAUUCUCAGAUAGAGAGCAUCCAAGAAUUACCUUCUGACAAAGCAGUCCUGGUAGUAUUUGCAGGGGGUUUCAGCAGCCCAGGAACUGCUUGCAACCAGGGGCACUGUGGCAUCAUCAAAAGACCUCUUGACUUGAGCGAGGUGUUUGCCUUUCAUUUGGAUAGGAUCUUGGGGCUGAACAGGAGCUUACCUUCUGUAAGCAGGAGAUCAGAGUUCUUCAAAGGUGGCCAAGCCUGUCCUGUUGUUCUCUGGGAUUCUUCACUGAGCCCAACAGAUAAUUAUACCCAUUCUUCAGUGAGAUUAACCUGGGGGCAGUAUCAGCAGCUGUUGAAGCAGAAAUGCUGGCAGAAUGGUAAAGUUCCCAAAGCUGAGUGGGGCUGUACUGAAAUCCAUCAUCAUGAGUGGUCCAAGAUGGCACUUUUUGAUUUUCUUCUGCAGAUCUAUAAUCGAUUAGACAGAAACUGUUGUGGAUUCAAGCCUCUCAAGGAGGAUUCCUGCAUGCAGCAAGGACUGAAGCUAAACUGCAGUGACCAGGAUGCUAUUGACCUGACACACAUAGUUCAGAGGAGGCAUGACCGAAGACAUUUGGCCUUUAUAGACAAUAAAGGUUUCUUUGACAGAAACGAGGACAAUCUUGAUUUCAAAAUACUACAGGGAAUCAAUGAAUUCCCUGAAUCUGCAGUUUCAGUGCUGAGGAGCCAGCGUUUACGUGAGAAGUUGCUUCAGUCUUUGUUCCUUGACAAGAUAUACUGGGAGAGCCAAGGAGGCAGAAAAGGAAUUGAAAAGCUUAUUGAUGUAAUAGAAAGGAGGUCCAAAAUUCUUCUUACUUAUAUAAAUGCACAUGGAGCCAAAGUAUUGCCCAUGAAUGAAUGAAGCAUUCUUUUUUCUAACUGGGAUAUAGUCUUCAAAAAAUCUUGUAUGAGGCAAAAACUGACAGUAUAAUUAGUUUAAUUUGUAGGCUUACCUAACUUUUAUUUUUUCCAAACUUUUAAGUUUCUUUAUAAAUAAGAAUGCUUACAUAGUUUAAAACCAUCAUUUAAAUGUCAUCCACAGCUCAACACAGUGCAGUCACUUUUCCAUCACUAGUGAACUGAAAAAUAAACAAAUGGUACAAUAAACAAUGCAGUAAUAUGUAGGUACCAUGAAUAUUCCCUGUGUUAAUCUGUUUGAAAAUUAGUGACAGGAUUUUGAGUACAUUAGGCUGGAUUACUCUUACUUCCCUCAGUUAAGUCAGUAGAAGUUUCACUGCAAAUUUAAAUGGGAACAGCAUUUAGUACAUUGUUGCAAACUGCCACUGGAUCUGUCUGCUGGAGAGUACUUAGUACAGAAAAGUGUAAUUUUAAUUAUGAAUACCAACAUUCCCCGAAUUGUAUGUUGUUUUAUUUUAUUUUGAUCUUUGACUCUUAAAUACUGGCCUAUUUGCACUGAACAUGAGGGAAAUUAAAAAAAAACAGAGUUAGGAGAACAUGGCUUUAACAAUAAUAAUUCAUUUCACAAAUACAGUUUCUACCUGUCCAGUAUGGAAUACAAUGAGUCCCUUGUUACAGUGUAGUACUUUCAGUACAAGAUAAUGUGAUGUGUGGGUGGAUGAUCUUAUAUUUUCUAUCUUUUGACUGUUCCUCAGAAUUGUCCUUUUUUUACCACUAGUUUUAAUAACACAAUUCAGCUUCAGUUCAUUGUGAAUCUGCUGCUAAAUAUUUUGGUUUUGCAACAUUCUUGAGUAAAUCUAAGAAUCUUAUCAAAAAGCAGACAUACUAAGGAACUGAGUGUUGGUAACCUCAGUACAGAAAACAUUUGUGCU